AUGCGCCGUCCAUGGAAACAAAUGCUAGACCUCCGCUCUUUCAACUUCCCGCGCAAAAUAGCCACAGUGAUAACCAGAAUCAAAGCCAACACCGUCUACUUCCAGACUAAUUACACCAUCGUUGUCCUCUUCUCCGUGUUCCUCAGUCUGGUCUGGAAUACCUUGUCACUCCUUAUCCUACUCGCUCUACUUGGAGCGUGGCUCUUCCUCUACUUCCUCCGUGAUGAACCACUCACUGUAUUCCACCGAGAGAUAGACCACCGUGUUGUCCUUAUUGUCAUGUAUGUUCUCACUCUCUCGAUCCUUUUCUUAACCGACGCAAAGCUCAAUAUUGCGGUGGCAGUUGUGGCAGGCGUGGUGGUGGUACUGUCCCACGCAGCUGUUAGGAAAACAGAAGACAUGUACCAAAACGAAGAUGAAACUAGUCGUUUACUUCCUUAA